GAUCAGCUGACAGAGAGGCUCGGCUGUCGAUGGACCAUUUUUCCCGUUUCGUGAAUUAAAAAGUAGAAAUUAUCAGUUUCUGUUUGAUCCAUCGAUCCGUCCGGACACCGACAUGCCGUCGCUCCUGUUCUGCGGGCCGAAGAUGGCUGCGUGCGGGAUCGUGAUCAGCAUCUGGGGCGUAAUCAUGCUGGCGAUGUUGGGAAUCUUCUUCACUGCGAAGUCGGCCGUGCUGAUCGAAGACGUCCCGUUCACUGAGGAGGACAUCCGCAACGAUAAAAGUCCUCCUCAGAACAUCUACGGUCUUUACAACCAGGUCGGCAUCAACUGCUUCAUCGCCGCCUCCAUCUACGUGGCGGUCGGCGCCGUCUCGCUGUGUCAGGUCCGCCUCAACAAACGCCAGGAGUACAUGGUCACAUAAACAGCUGCUGACCUCUGACCUCUGACCAUCAGCUAUCAGAGGAUGAUUUACAUUACGCUGUUACGCAACCUGGUUGGUUAACAGCUGAUUAAUGUCGUUACAUGUAGUGAGGUGAAGAGGCAAAGUAUUUAUUUAUUUUAAAGUUAAACCGUCGAUGUGUUUGUUGUUGUUGUUGUUUGUUGUUGUAUCAUUCCUUUUUUGAACGGGUUUCUCCUAAAAACGACCAAACGUUGGACCACUUCCUGUUUGCACGCGGUUACUGAAUUAGAUUAAAAUGAAUAAAUUAUGACGCAGUGAAAGUUAACGUUCAAUCAGCUGGUUUAAAAAGAAAAAAAGAAACAUGAAAAAUCAGCAUAUUUCUAAAAAGAUGUGAAGUUCCACCUCUGCUGUAUGAACUGUUUCAUCCUCUGCUUUGUUUUUCUGCAUCAAUGGUUCAGAAAUGUUAAUUUAAAGCAGGUUUCUGUUUACAUGAUGUUUGUCAUUAACGCUACUGGAUGAUGUUUAAUGUGACAGACGUGUAACGGUGGAUAAUCCUUUGCAAUAAAGUGUGUGUGUGUGUGUAAAUACUUGAA